AUGAUCUCCGUCGAUAAUCAAGCUCGGGUUCCCGAUGCCCAGAUGGAAUCGUCUGAAGCCAGAGAUCGGCGCUAUAAGCAAUUGUUCGAACGGCUAGACAUCCAGCAUUCGGGGGCCAUUUCUUUAAGUGGGUUCAGAAAAUCAGUGAAAGAUCUGGACCAUCCCAUCAAGGAUUCCAAAGAUGCUGUGGAGGAAAUUUUUCAAUCUUUGGACAAUCAUAACCUCAAUGCGGUUGACUUUGACUCGUUCAAAGAGUAUUUAAUUCGUGCAGAAACCCAAAUAAUCAAGGGUUUUCACAACUUGGAUAAGGACCAAGACGGAAUUAUCAAUCAAAAUGAUGUGAAAAAUUACCUAGAGGGCCUAGGAGUGGAGGCCAAUGAUAAGCAAGUUGAACAAUUUUUCAACAGGCUAGAUACAAAGCAUGAUGGUGUAAUUACAUAUGACGAGUUCAGAGACACCCUGCUGUUGAUGCCACGGCUUAGUGGUUCUAGAGUUAAGACAGCUUACAAAUUUAUAAGUUCAGACUUGGAAAAUGUUUCUUCGGAUGGUGAUUUCACUGUUGGCGAAGAUAUUCUGAACAGUAUUGGAUAUUUUUUAGCAGGUGGUCUAUCUGGGAAGAUAACGUCCAGCGUUGGAGAACUGAAACACCAAAAGAUCCCUAUUGACAAGAUCAAGUCUCCAAUUCUUAAAGCUGCAACCAGUAUUUAUAGACAAGGUGGUUUGCGGGGCUUUUAUGUGGGUAACGGCCUCAACGUUUUAAAAGUUUUUCCAGAGAGUGCUAUGAAGUUUGGUUCUUUUGAAGCCGCAAAAAGGUUCAUGUGCACUGUGGAAGGAGUUAGUGAUCCGACUCAAUUAUCAAAAGUUUCCACAUUUGCAGCUGGAGGAUUUGGUGGUGUUUGUGCUCAGAUGACUGUUUACCCCAUAGAUACGCUUAAGUAUCGUCUUCAAUGUGCCAAGCUAGACUCUGACAUCCGUGGCAACAGACUUCUAUGGACCACUGCCAAACAAAUGUAUAAAGAAGGCGGUCUAAGGAUCUUUUAUCGAGGACUGUAUGUUGGAAUAAUUGGUAUGUUUCCUUAUGCUGCCAUUGACUUGGGAACAUUUUCUACUUUGAAAAAAUGGUACUUUCAAAAAGAGGCCGUUCUUCAAAAUUGUGCACCAGAAGACGUGAAACUUCCUAAUUACAUUGUGCUUUCAAUGGGUGCGUUGAGUGGAACGAUUGGUGCUUCCAUGGUUUAUCCUGUUAAUCUCAUUAGAACCAGACUCCAAGCACAGGGUACGUAUGCGCAUCCUCAUAGGUAUAAUGGAUUCUUUGAUGCUGCCAGGAAGACAAUGGUGAAAGAAGGUGUUCCUGGUUUGUUCAAAGGUCUGCUACCCAACUUGGCGAAGGUUGCUCCAGCCGUGUCCAUAAGCUAUCUAAUGUAUGAAAAUCUCAAAGAUCUUUUCCAACUGGAAUAA